GCGAGUUCCUCGUCGCGGGAAUGUCUCUCAUCCAAAAGUUCGAGGCUAGCGGACGGCGGAUCUCCAUGCUACCCCGAACAUCACAGGCCUUGACACUCGGCACAAUGGCAAUGACCGCACGCAUCUCGUCCCACCCCUUGUUGUUUGGCACCUCAUGUGCACCUCCGCGACUCCUAAGUGUGAUAUUUGACGACUCGCGGGUUGGCGUCGGUUCAGUGCCUGAAUGGGGCCGGCGGCGCGAGAACGCAUGCCGGCGACUACGAGAGAUGGCCCUGGAGAGUGCAUGGGACGCGAGGCUGCUCAGAGGCCAGGGUGGAGACUCGAGCGAAGACGAGGAGAUGGCUGCUUGUCUGCUGCUGGCGGUCAUUGAAGAUCGGUAUGCUCUGGGGCAAGGGCAGAUAUGGCACGCCGCGUUUGUCUCGCUACUCAGGAGAAAGCUUGAAGCGAGGCGCAAGGCUGAGUGGGAUCCAUCCUUUUAUAACUCUCCCCCCAGCACCGGGAUUGCUCUAGGUUCGUCCUCUAGCUCGGGACCUUCACCCCCUGGCCCGGGACUAGCCAGACGUUCCCCACGCUAUGCAGGUUUGGCUUGGUCUAUCCACAUCAUGCGAGAUUCGCUAUCUGCCGCUUCUCGGGGGCACUUGUGUUCAUACACUCUUCACGACGAAGAACUAGUCAUGGGUUUGCCUCCUGCGGUCCCGGAAAUUGUGCUAGAGCACUCGACGUCCUUUGGCCUCAGUGAUCCAGCCCAUCCCAGAGAUCCACUUGAAGGAGAAGUCAUCCGAACGGACUGGUGGGACUUUGGGGCUUACUAUUGUCUCGUUCGACCACUCACCUAUCGAAUGACUGAGAUUGCGUUGGGAAGCUACGAGUUCCAUUUGGCCCGGUCCCAUCAUUCACCUCUUGACGCGAAGAAGCUCGAGAAUUACGUUGCCUCCCUUAUUCCAAUGCAGAGGCUUCUGAACUUGGCCGGAGAAAGGCUGGCUAUGCUGGUAUCUCCAAUCGCUGUCGGCAUCCGACGCUAUGCAGGACGCGGUGGCAGUUCUCAGCACGUGACCGGGGACGAGCACGCAAUUUUCACAAAGCUGUUUCAGAACGGUUUUCGUGCUGGCGAUGGCGCGCCGACACAAGGCACGGAUGGAGUAGAUGGCAUCCACUCUCCAAAAGAUGAACUUCGCGCCCAGGAAGUGGCACGCUCGCUUCACCUGUUCCUCAGAGCUUGCAUGGGCGCCAUCCUCUUCCCUGUCUUCAAUGACCUUUGGGAACGAAUACAGGCAAUCGACAACGGUCGCGGAUGUCCAGGGGAUGAUAGAGAGCGUCUGAGCAGCAUACUGGACAACAUACGAAAAGCACUGCUCCCUUACGUGCUUGUUAUGCUGCGGAGCCUAACUUCGGUCGUUCACCUCGCAUGGGUCACGUCUGCCGGUGAAUCGCUUCGACAAGCUUCUCUGCGUCUUGGACGAUCCCCCAACGGAGCUCCUUCACCUGAUGAUGCCACCACGCCGAUCACAGCCCUUGUCACUACGCCCACGCCUGUCCCCUACUCCGAGACUCAGACUCUACCUCUCGACAGCGGGCUGCUCCAUCCAUCUUCGUUCGCCUGGGAGGGCAAGGUGAUGCAGAUUUUCCGCAUGUGCACAUCUCCUCAUCUGUUUGGUCGCCCGAGCUGGGAGGAACCAUUCUCAAUAUGGUCCCGAGUUAUCCUGAGUUCCACUCCAAUUGAGGAUGGGGGCACAGAUCUUAGCCGAUCCGAAAAGCUCGCCGGGACUCGAAUUCUGUUAGACAUCGCAAGAGUCAUGGCGUGGGCGUUCCCCACUAUUUCUGAUGAUCUCAUUUACGAAGUUCACAAGACGUAUGAAGGUAUGAAGGCGCUGGGCAUAUCCGAGGACACUGCUGGCCCCGGUUCUAGCUCGGACCUCAGCGUCGAAGGAGCACUUUCGGAUGCUUCCGAUCGUUAUUCAGGGCUUAUCCCCAAAGUCACACCCGCGGAAGCGGUCCCCACAGUCAAGGAGGUGUUGGAGGGCGUCCCACACGAACGGGUUUCGGACGUGUUCUUCGGCGGGGGUGGGGCCACCGGGUUGGGUCUAGAGGGACACGAGAGAGAUUCCCGGUUCAUUGAAGAUCUCUGUUUGGACCUGAACAGACUGAAGAUUGACAAAGCUUCGAGCCACACCGGUACAGACUCGGUGAAUGCAUCACCGGGACAGGUAAUGGCCAACGACGCGAGGAAUACGUACUUGAACAUGCUCGCAGCUGGUCCUUCCUCUCUCCGGUCCCCUUCUACCGUUUCAUCGCAUUCCCAGCCGUCGUCUAUGCUACAAGAUGUCGGUGUGUUCAAUCCCACUAUGAACUACGCCCCUUCCGUCAACCAGGUGUGGAAUGCCGCCGCUCAACCAGAGUCGUCACACCCUUCUUAUACGUUGCCGACCUGGGAAGGCGCGAGCCCGCUACCUGGGAGCUCUCAGGGAUUCGCUCAACAGAGUCCAUCAUACGCUGGAGACUUGACCGAGGAGGCUUUGUCCCUACACCAGCAAGGAUACCAGCCUGACUCGCUCUCCGCGUUUCCUGUGGCCUCUUUGGACCACGAGUCAGCGGCUGCAUCAGACCCUGUUAGCUAUCCGACCGAAGCUGAGCUCGAGGAUGAGUUUCAGCGGAUAUUUGGCGGUCGCAAGCCGGAUGAAGCGCAGGAUCGUUUGGCCUCGCAAGGGUUUAACUUGGAAAGCUUCAAUUGGAGUGGGUUUUAGAAUCGCGCCAUUGGGAGGCUAGUAACCAGGAUAUUGGCGCGUCGGGGUCAGAGGAGGCGUUUUGCUGGAUAGAUCUACCAAUUCCUUGGGUAUAUGAUACUCAUAUAUCAAAGUGUAGUUUACUUGAAAUAAUAAAUGUUUCCGCAGAGUUCUAC